CCGCAUCAAUCCAGUCGCAAGAUCGUAGCUCGCGCCCAAAAUCCAUCAAAAUGGCCCCCCAAAAGAAGAGCAAGAAGGAUGCCAACAGCAUCAACUCCAAGUUGGCGCUUGUUAUGAAGUCCGGAAAGGUCACUCUCGGCUACAAGUCCACUCUCAAGUCUCUGCGAUCCGGCAAGGCCAAGCUGAUCAUCAUCGCUGGCAACACUCCUCCCCUGAGAAAGAGCGAACUCGAGUACUACAGCAUGCUGUCCAAGGCUCCCAUCCACCACUUCGCUGGUAACAACAUUGAGCUCGGCACUGCCUGCGGAAAGCUCUUCCGCUGCUCCACCCUCGCCAUCCUGGAUGCUGGUGACUCUGAUAUCCUCAGCGACCAGCAGGCUUAAAUAGCCAAAAUCUAGUGCAUUCAACGGCGUUGGGGGUAAAACGGUUCAAGGGCAAUAUGGAUACCAUACACUUUCACAUUAUGUGCGAGGCGAAAACUUUUGAUGCGAGACAUCAUCUACUAGGAAGGCAAAUCCUUUGGGGAUGAGAAGCCCCAGAAAUUUCCAAGUGAUAGUUAUCUCAAUGGAAUAAUACAGCCAUGAAGACUGUUCCCCCUGUCAAGCUG